AUGGGCAACAAUUCAGUUGAUAUAUCCGAGGGAUACAAUCCUGCCUCAGGGCCGGGGAGCACGCAGCGCUCCAAGCUCUACCGCAUAUAUUCCUAUCCGUGGUUCCAGAUAGUGUUAAUAAGUUUGAUAUGCUUUUGCUGUCCUGGUAUGUAUAAUGCCCUGACUGGCCUCGGGGGCUCUGGUCAGGUCGAUCAGACCGUAGCCGCAAAUGCAAAUGUAGCUCUACUCUCUGCAAUGGCGGCAACAGCACUCUUCGUUGUCGGGCCUAUUUUCGAUCGGGUUGGUCCCCGAGUUUGUCUACUACUUGGGGGAUGGACAUAUCCAUUGUAUUCCGGAAGUCUUCUGUGCUUCAAUGCCACGGGGAACGGCGCUUUUGUGAUCGCCGCCGGAGCCAUCCUCGGUAUCGGUGCCUCCUUCCUUUGGGUGGCUCAAGGUGCUAUUAUGACGACGUAUGUCCCGGAAUCGCAGAAAGGUCGCGCUAUCGCAGUCUUCUGGAUUAUCUUCAAUCUCGGAGGGGGCGUUGGCUCCUUGGCCAGUUUCGGGCUCAAUUAUCACUCCUCUACCUCAACAGUUUCAGACAGCACGUAUAUCGCCUUGCUAGUUAUUAUGGCUAUUGGAUGGCUCAUGGGGGCCCUCAUCUGCCCGCCAAGGUCGGUCCGGAUUUCCACUUUGCAGGCCCAACCGGAAAGUGACAAGAAUUGGAUGAGGGUAGCUAAACUCACAGUGACCACUGUGGCCAACUGGAGAGUGCUCAGCAUGCUCCCUCUUUUCUUCUGCGCCAACGUAUUCUAUUCAUAUCAGCAGAAUAUCGUCAACGGGAUGGCAUUCAAUAUCCGUACUCGCUCCCUUAAUGGGGCCUUGUACUGGAUCGCGCAGAUGUUCGGCGGCCUCAUUAUGGGCGUUCUUCUCGAUAUCCCGGGCCUCAAUCGCCAAUGGAGAGCGCGGAUCAACUGGCUGUUUCUCGUUGUCACCGGCAUGGCUAUCUGGGGCGGUGGAUACGCAUUCCAGCUAUGGUUUGAUCGGCGUCUAGCGGAGGGAAAGAAGCAAGACAUUGACUUCUCUGAUAACGCCAUCUCCGUCGGGCCUAUGUUUCUCUAUAUCUUCUACGGCAUGUAUGAUGCAUUCUGGCAGUCAUUCUGUUAUUGGCUUAUGGGGGCCCAAUCAAACUCCCCAGCCGUGGCGGCUAUUCUGGUUGGAGCGUACAAGACCUUCCAGAGUGUGGGGGGUGCGAUGGCAUGGCGAAUCGGCGCGCAAGAGAAGCCCCCUAUGACGCAGCUAGCAAUGGACUGGGGUCUCUGUAUGGGUGCACUUGUCAUUGCGAUUCCAGCUGUGUUGGCUGUCACUCUCACUAGUACCGACCCAGAAUCCCUGGAUGAGAUUGAUAUGAAGAAUGCCCAGGCCGAUGCUUCUGUCGAUGGCCCUCGACCCUAG